AUGAGUGGUGUGAUCGUCUUAGAAGAUUUACCCAAUGAAUUAUUCAUCGAAUUUUUUACAUAUUUAACAUCAUUUGAUAUAAUUCUUACAUUUGAAAAGUUAAAUCACCGCUUUCAAUUGUUAAUCACGCAGUACUGCAGAAAAUUUGAUUUCAAAUUCAUCAAUAAAUUCCAAUGUGAUUCCAUCUUUCGCGUGCAAAAUACAAACCAAUGGACAUCAUUACGACUAUCUGAUGAUGAUCGAAAGCCAUUCUGGAUCGAUCAUCUCAUUGAAAAUUAUAUUUCCAAAAAGAACUUUUCUCAAUUACGAUUUUUGUCUGUGGGAUGCUUAAAAGAUAAUACUCGACAAUUAUUCUUUUCUAUGCUAUCAUCAUUACCUAAUCUUGUUUCUUUAUCAGUCGAUUCAGUAUGUGGAAAAGAUAUUUUACCAUUUGAUUUACCCAAACUUCAAAAACUUGUCUUCGGUUCUUGUUUACAUAUCGAUUGGAUUCAAAACUUUUCUCAACUUGAAACGAUUGAAUAUACAAUCGAUCAUGCCUGUGAGAGUAAAGAUAAACUCAACUGGCCACGGACAACUAAGCAUCUCAAAUUUGUUUUAAUGGUUGCAACUGCACAUUCCUUAAUACUCGACUCUCUCGUUCCUUUAUCUCAGUUAACAAAACUAGAAAUUUAUCAACUGCAAACGCAACAUGUACCUAUGUUUGGUCAUCGAUGGGAAGAACUCGUUCGUUCGUCAUGUCCAUUAUUAGAAAUCUUUCAGUUUUACUUCAUAUUUCGUCCAAUAUCCACACAAGACUUGAAACAAAUCAUGACUUCAUAUUCAACACCAUUCUUUCUCCAAGAAAAGAAAUGGUUUUUCAAUUGUCAUCUGUGUGCUUCGGCAAGACAUCAACGUAUUUAUAAACAAACGAUAUUUUACACGCUACCAUAUCCGAUGAAAACAUUAACAAUAUACAAAAACUCUUAUAAGAAGACCAUGUCGUCGUUACACGUCGACAAUCACGUUAACGUCUAUCGAAAUGUGAAAACAUUGAUAUUCGAUAACUAUAUACUACCAAAUGACGAUUUCAAUCAAACGAAAAUCCAUAAUCUGAUAGUUCGUACGCAGUUUGAAUCUAAACCGUGGUUACAUGCAUUGACUAAUUUACGGAGAUUACAUAUUGAUGAGUAUGGGUACAUUUCCAUCGAGCAAUUUCGAGUCUUAUUAGAAAAUACGCCUCAUUUAUACUCGUUAACUCUAUCAAAAAGUCGAUUGGCCAAAUUAACUGACGAUUGGAAUGAUUUUCAUAUAUGUCGUCAUUUAUCGAAGAAAAUUCGUGUUUUGAAAUUUGAAUUCUGUCAAAACGUAUCGGAAUGUGUAACUCGAUAUGAAACUGAACGAAUCGUCUCAAUUUUUAGAGAUAAAUGUGAGCAUUUAACAGUAGGUGUUCAAAAUUCCACUCACACGAUCGAUUAUAUUCUAUCAAAUAUGUCAAAAUUGAGUUACUUAUCGGUAUUUAUUCAUAAAAGCUCCCAACCAACUAGAAUAAGAUUUUCAAAACAAUCAAAACUAUUGACAAUGGAAUGGUUAGAAAAACAGCAAACUCAGUUUCACGAUACAAAUUGUUUUCUCUACAAUGACAAACAAAAAUUAUCCUAUUAUACUUGGUCCAAUUUCUACGGAGGCAGUGAGAAUUACGAUAAUCAUCGUAUACAGAAAACACAUCGGAUCAUUCUUCUACAACGUAACUAG